GUGAUCGAUACUGAUGCCAAAAAUGCAAUCAGUAAAAUUUUUGUCUGUCUGUCUGUCCGUCUGUCUGUGUGUAUGUUCCUUAUAGAAACAAAAACUACUCAACGGAUUUUAACGAAACUUGGUACAAUUAUUCUUCAUACUCCUGGGCAGGUAAUAGUAUACUUUUCAUCACGCUACAAUCAAUAGCAGCAGAGUAGUGAAGGGAAAUGUUAGGAAAACGGGAGAAGUUACUCCAUUUUUAAGCUUCCAUCGCGGGUGCAGCCUUAAUGGUUAAAAUUACAUAGGAAUCAUGUAUGACGGAAAUAUUCUACAUAAAAUUGUCUAAAAAAUAUCCCGCAACAGCAUAUGUCUAUCUUUUAUGGUUGACUCACAAUAACACGUGUAAUUAUAUAAAUAAAGUCAUUCUUUAUAGCACAAGCCUGAGAACAAAAACUAUAGUUUACACUACAGCUCUACACCGAAGCGAAGCGAGGGCGGGCUACUAGUUAGAAAUAAACCCACGUAGUCAAUCAACAAGCAAUAACAUUUGACAUUUCGGAGACCUCACGCUACACUAGCGCCUCUAGCGGCGGAUUCGUACGCGAUAGCCCUCAUUGAAUUUUAACAAAAUAAAUACUGUUAUUCCAAUACCCACUAACAAUAUAGCUCAAUCGCUCAUUUGUCAUUCAUUAUCUACAAAAAAAAAUUGAACAGAACAACAUAUAAACAGUUAUUUCCAUUGUUAUCCAUCUCAUAUCCGCUUCUCACCUCAUCAUCAACCACGCCCGUAACCCCCGUAACGAUCGUUAAUAACAACACAUGAUUCGCCUCGUAAGUGCUAGGUAAUUUGCUUGUUUUAUAACCUCGAUUUGUUCUGUUGUUGAUCGGUUGAAGCCAUUACCGGCUCCAGUGACAGGUAAAGGGCUGAAAUGUCAGAAUCGUGCGCUCGCGCAGGGCCGGACGAAAUUGACGCGACUGCGCCUUCCCUCGUGAUUUAUUGUACCCUUUGCAUUAAAAAGGAUUUUUUUUUUAAUACGUUAAACCAUCGUGACUUGACAUUAAUUCCAUCUGACAUGUUAAAUCGAAACAGUAUUUUUAAAACUUCAAACCAAAAUAAUGAAGCUUUGUAGUAUUUUGACUGCUGUUUAAAAAAGGGUAGUCAAAUACCCGUUACGUUUCAAUAAAUGUAACUUAAUACCCUCAUCCAAUAGAUGUUACUGUUGAACCUGUUACAUAAAUGCUCGGGUUCACAUAAUUUUUUUAUUUUAUUUUAUUUUAGGAACAUAGAACAGUUAUACAAUAAAUUUUACAUAAAAUUAUAAUGUAGAUAUUAAUUAGGUAAGUGUCACCACACCAAUGUCCACAAAUUAAUGAUGAAAGGAGAAGUUUAUUAUCUUCUCACUACGGAAUAAUAAACUAAAAAACCGCGAUGAACCGGUACAGAUACAAGUAUGAUACCAAAUUCCAUCAACCCGUUCUAUUUGAUAAUGUUUCUACUGCCAUUUUUUUAAACUUUAAUUUUAAGAACCCAAAUAUGUCUAAUUCUGCAAAGUUUGUGUUAUAAUUAUCUAGUAGUCGACGAAGGGGCGCACGCACUCCAGCAUUCGUUCUACAGGUCCCAGUAUAAAACAGCCGAGGCGCGCGCACCCCUCUGCGGAAUACCGAUCUAGGUACAACAUAACACAAAAAAAAUUGUAAGGUUAUUACAAUCGAACCUGUUAUUACAAAUGCCAUGCACCAUCAUGGCCAUGAGUAGGUAUCCAGACGUUACGACUCCAAGCUCAAAAGUCCGUAAUGAGUCAACAAUUCCGCAUAAGAAAUUCUACAAUGAUGUAACUUGUAAUGUAUCCUACGUAAAAACUUCUUUUGAACCUUUUCAAGUCUGUCCACAAUUGUAUCGUAAAGCGGACACCAAAUUGGAACUGAAUAAUAUAUCGAAUAAAACAUUUUCUUCUCUAUAGCCACAUCCUUUAAAGCCACGAACCAAUAAAUUGUUUGUACUGUAGCGCUAUUUCACUAGCCACAAUACUGAUUAAAUCCACUAUCAGUCUGCGGCCACUCUGGCCUCGGGUACUGUUUCCUCAAUUACCUUCGUAUGAUAUAGAUCGAGAAAGCUCUUAUUUGCACAACGGAAUUAUGCAAUAUCACAGGAAAAUAGUUAGCCACGAUGCAAUCACAAUUCAACAACAGCAUUUUAACUAGCAAUUUCUCAUAUUUGUUAGAUAUACCUAAUACGUUAUUAGGUAACUACGUACGGGUUUCUUAAUCCCUGGAAACCACUACCUCAGUUGAGGGCUGGAGAAGGUCAGACUGCCACGACGAGUUCCGGAACGUGGCCGUUGUAGCUGGGACCAAGAGGCAACACCUAACAAGGGAGUGCCAAUCCGGUGCAUUCACUGGCUCCAACCUCCAACCUACCUCUUUGUAAAACUUAUUUUCUUUUAGUAUAUUGUAAAGAAAUCUUAAUUUGUCAACAGUGAAUAAUGUGUGUAUAAAAUCAUUAUCGAAGCCUGCUUAAAUUACAUUCAAGUUUAAAUAUGCCCGCGUGAAGGAGCUGGGAUGGCAGGACUGAUUCCAAUCCCCACGCAAAAUAGGCACUGGGUGUCGAGUUGCGGAAACAGCCCGCCGUACUACUAAGAAUGCGUGAAGCGCUAGGCUGUAUGCAAUGUAUGUUCUGGAGCGAUUACUAUUACAAGUACCUGCUUACUGUGCUACCGCAGUUAUGUUAUUUACGCAAUUAUUUAUAACAUACCAAACAAAUUCCUGCGAUUAAUGGUUUGUUUUGAAUUAAAUUGGCUUAUUUUUUAUUAACUUCUCAAUCAAAAUAUUAGGGGAUAAUAAUAUUUGAAACAGAUACUGGCUUAUUCCCAAGAAAUUGUUUUUUAACGUAUAAUCCUUAUAAAGGCAGAAAUAUACUAAUGUGUCUAUAGUGUUGUGAUGCCUCACAGAGCUAUAGGGUUCAUGCAGUUAGUACGUAGAGCAACACAGCCGACGCGGCUAGGAGGGGAGUAGCCAUAAUGAUAUAAUAAUACUGAAAUCAUUCUGACGCUUUUUGCAGGGAGAGGAAUAUGUACACAAAUGCAGUCCAACAUACUUCGUAAAAACGAAUUGGUGAUUACGACACUCACACAUAAAAAAUGUCGGCGCUAAAUCGGGCAGAGAUGAAACUAAAGAUUUUUUAUUGACAAAUCUGAUAUUUGUACUGGCUAGUCGAUUGUUUUGUCAAACAAGUCGACGAUUGAAUUUUGUGUUUAAAAGUGGUAAAAUAAAAAUAAUAUGUUAAUAAUUCUACUUAUAUGUGGAAGUUAACACCAUCCUUUUGUAAGUUUAGAUGUGUUCAGAUGUGUUUUACAGCAAAUUACAUAAAUUAUGGAAUUUUCGAUCUCUAAUACUUGCGCGACUUGACUCAGUCUAGUGAAAUAUCCGACACGCAACUAGUUUUGUUUUUGAGCUGGCCCAAGACCGAGGGAAUAUCGACAGAGGGAAAAUCGACGAUGCUGUGAAUUUUGUGAACUACCCUCCUGGCCGCGUUGCUCUGAGUUGGUACUAUAAGUAUAGUACUAUCUAUGAAUUAGUACUCAUAGAGUAACACAAGUGUGUGUCGCGAUGUGUCGACAGCAUUCUCAAUCUAACCGUACUAAAUGUAUGAAACCGAUAGCUCUCUGACGCGUCACAAUACAACACGACAGAUAAAUGCAGUACUGCCACAAGUAUAAAAAUAUUCUUUACUCUUUUUGUUUAAUGAAGAGAGUCAAUUAGAACUUGUGCUCUAUGGAAACGUCAAAUCGCAUUACGUCAGAUGAAAAAACUGUAUCGUUAACUGAGAACACAGAAUUUUAAUAAAAUUGUCAUCAUUAGCGGCAAGUUGGAACGAAAAGUGCUUUGCUAUUAUACAAUACAGAUAUGAAACAAAACAAGAAGUUGCUACUUUGUCGUUACAUAUUCGAAAAAGUUAUGGCAUUCGGCCUCAUAUUUCUAUUGACACCUGGUUACUACAUAUUUCACAUGACCAUCGUACGUCCUUAUCUCAUCAAAAUCUUCAAGAUGGGAACGGCAAUGCAUGUGUUCCACGUGUUCCUAUCAUUGUUCAUUUUUAUCAACGUCUGCGGAAAUAUGUUCUUGGCUUUAUUAACAGAUAACAGAGUGCCCAGAAUGUCACUAUGUCAAAAUGAGAAGUUUGGCCGGUACUGCGUGUGUUGCAAACUGGAGCAGCCUCGCAAAAGUUUCCAUUGCGAAACCUGCGGUGUUUGCAUUCUCCGAAGGGACCACCACUGCUUCUUCUUCUCUCGCUGCAUCGGGCUUAACAACCAGAGGUACUACAUCAUGUAUCUCACCUACAUCUCUAUAGGCUUGAUCUAUUCAACAUACUAUGACUAUUUCUUCGUUUCAUCCAUGUAUGACUCUUACGACUUCAUAAUUGCACUGCUGCGGGUGUUCAAUCCCUUGGUCAGUUUUAUUUCUACUGAGCCAGUUGGAAUUAGAGAUCUCUACGUUUUAUUCUUCGAUUUAAACGUAAUAUUCAUUUUUUGGGCAACGACUGUGCUCUGGUUCCAUGUUAAAAAUAUGAUGAUGGGCAUAACUGCGUACGAGCAUAAGAAGAUAAUAAGAUCGGACAUGACGAAAUGGAAUGAGAACUUAUUGAAUGUGUUCGGUAAGAGAUGGUAUUGGGCGGUUCUGUGGCCAUUUGUGGAAAGUCCGUUGCCUCGAAGUAAUAAUUUCAGUCGUAUAGAUUAAUGUAAGAAGAUACAGCAACGACAGAUUUGUAAUAAAUCGUGUCGACUUCGUUCGUUAUUUUCUAUUUAUAUACAUAUUAUAUAGUAUUUAAAAAUAUCGUUUGAUUCUUUUUAGGUUUUUAAGUUGACACAGACAAUCAGCUGAAAUCAACAAUGAAUUAAUGACACAGAAAGAGAUAUGAGAAAAUCACCAUGACACAGUUAAUAUAAUUAUUUAUACUGUAGUACUUUAAGAGUAUUUAAUGGUUCAAAUCAGUGGUACAAAGUUAUAGAGAAAGUACUUUAUAGACAUGUAACUACAUAUAAAGAUAUUACAAUGACAUUAAUUACAUCAUGAUGAGACAGCUUUCCUUUACAAUAUCAAAAACGUUUAUUCGAAUAAUUAGUUGCCCAAUGACUGUGUCGUAAUCCAAAGAACCGGUACAACCUGCGCCAGGUAUCAAUGCUUCGCGUUAAUUAUUCAAAUUGGAACCUCUUAUUCGGAGUUAACACUUUAUUGAUUAAUAGUUCUUAUUGCGUAACCAUCAUCAAAAUCAAUAAGGUGUACUAACUAACUAUACAGAUCGUUUUUACUUUCAUUAAUCAUUUCUUUGUUUACAACAUCGGAUAUCAUUAGUUUCGCAUGUCGAUCGAGAUAGACAUUUUUUUGAAAACAAAGGGGAAAUUGAUUGUUUAGAAACUGCUCUCGUAGUUGAACAAGCAUGCGCUUUUGUGAGUGAUUAGUUUAAAUAUUUCUUAAUCAGAUUUCAACAAUUUAUUAUUACUAUUAGGAUUUCAUAAUGGCGAGAAGAUUAGCAAUAUCAAGAUUAAAUUUUGUGAAAAUUAUUGUUUUGUUAUUUGCAUUUUUGUACUAAAGUAAAUCUUGCAAUUGCGAUACCCUACACUACAGGGUCCAUAAUGCACUUUUGUC